AAUAUGUUUGUUUUUACUUUUUGGCAGCUUCAUCAGAGAUUUAUCAUCGCUCAUCAAUGAUGGAAAACAUACCUGUCAGUGUCUACCUCCUCCUCCUCCUCCUCUUCCUCAACCCGCUGACCUCUGUUGACCCGGAGAAGGCGGAUGAGCUCCCAAUGCAGGUCAUUGUUGACAGCACCCCCUGCAGCGCCACCUGUGGGCUGGGUGUGAGAACUCAAACUUUGUGUUUGCUGCGGGACGGACAGACGGCGAUGGAGGAGGAUGUUCGGCGCACAGACGGAGCUCAGGUGUCGGAGGAGUGUCGGGUACGUAAGGUGAGGUGUCAGGAGUCGUGGCAGUGUGGACUCAGGACGAUGACCGUGACUGUGGGACAGAGGGUGGAGGUCGACUGUGUGGGAGAGGUCAUGGAGGCAGUGGGGAGGUUCUCCUGGAGGGUGUCUUGGCGUGUCGCCCGUGGAGUUAUCACCUCCAACGACGCUCUCUUUACCCGCUGGGACGCUCCUCUGCUGGAUCGAGUGAUUCUGGAUCCUGUGGAGGAGGAGGACGCAGGGACGUAUCGCUGUAACGUGCAGGACGCCUCCUUCCGCAGGGUGAAGAGGGUUUACUGGGGGAUCAGGGUUUUGCCUGUUGAUGUUCUGAACCUGAACCACACGAGCCUUCUGUGAACCAGCAGACCCAGACCUGGUGGAAAUAAAGGUUUUGAGACAAAA